AGGUGACGGACGCACGUGGAUAACAUACGGGUAGGCAGCGGUGUUAGCUAUAGCCCGGAUGAGUUGCUGCUGGUUUAGGAGAUUUCUGUGGUGCUCGCAGGUUCGUUCUUUGGCUACGCGGCAGGAAUCUCGGCCGUGGAAGCAAAAGCCGAACAGAGACGUGAAGAUAUCGGUCAUACUGGCGGAAGAUGUCGUCGGAUUGGGUAGGAGAGGAGAGGAGAUGGAGGUGAAACGUGGCUUUGCGAGAAACUAUUUGAUUCCCGGCAAGAAGGCUGUGUAUUACACAGAGCAUAACAAGAAAUUGUUUGAAGAAGAGAAGAUUGUCGAUGGAAGCCAAGUACUUGACUCAGUCACUCAAAAGCUUGUAGACUACAUUUCAAAGUCGGUAGUGAAGAUUGAGCGUAGGGAUGAUCCAAGAGGUUGGGCUUUGUUUCGUCAGCACAUCUCAAUGGCAUGCAGAAAACAGCUACGGUUGCACGUUCCAUUGGAUAAGGUACGACUAGAAAAGCCGUUGUCAUCGUUUGGUAUUCACGAGGUCAUGAUUAAGGUCGGCAACAACAUCGACACUCCGAUCCGAGUCGAAGUCACACCUCAAGGGUCACGUCCGGCUGCCUCUCAAUCAGCAACACAACACACAACAGCAGACAAGGCAGCAUAAUACUUAACGAUAUAUUCAAAC